AUGGCGACUAGACGCCGUCGUCUUGAGAAAUCCCUCCACAGAAAAAUCGAAUAUGAUGAUGAAUUGCCCCCGUAUGCGCCAAGGGACCCGGGGUACAGAAUCAAUCCGGCAUGGGAUGUCCCAGAGCUGGUACCCGACGAAGAUCCGCCUUGCACCCACUGGGCCGAGAGCGAGUGCCGGUUAACCCUCAGGCCUCGGCAGUGCUGCUCCUGCAUAGACAAGCGGCCGGAGACAGAGUCGGGCCUAUACCCUAUGUACGUCGACGGCGAGGGCUGGGUAGAGAGAGCGGCGAGGUGGAAAUAUUAUUGCUCCGGCUGCCACGAUUAUUUCCAAGCGGCGGGAGCGCCGAAUGCCCUCCCGGACAGACGUGCCGAGCAACAGAAGCCCGGCAAGGCCGUAGAGUCGGGAGACGAAGAGACGGACUGGAAUGGCUGCGGCCUCGGACGCUGGAUCCUGAAGUAUCUGCGAGGGUGCAAAGGAACAGACGGCCGGCAUUGA